AUGUUAGUUACACUUAAAACUCCCACUGGUAACAGUAUUUCUUUCAAAACAGGUUUAUUUAUCAAUAACGAAUUUAGACAAGCCAAAAAUGGAAAUGAAUUGACUACUCCAAAUCCUGCCACUGGAGAACCAUUGGCCACUAUUAGUGCUGCUACUGCUGAAGAUAUUGAUGAUGCUGUUAAAGCUGCUAGAAAAGCUUUUGAAACUACAUGGGGUAAGAAAAGUACACCUUCACAACGUAGUGAAGCCCUUCACAAAUGGGCAGAUUUGAUAGAUGCCAAUAUCGACACUCUUGCAGAACUCGAAAGUCUUGAUAAUGGAAAACCGGUAUGGAUGGCUCGUGAUGUCGAUAUUAAAGAUAGUAUUGCGUGCCUUCGUUACUAUGCUGGUCUUGCUGAUAAGAUUGAAGGCCGCACUAUCGAGCAAGAAGAAGGAGUAAAGUUAGCCUUUACUAGACCUGAACCAAUUGGUGUAUGUGGUCAAAUUAUUCCGUGGAAUUACCCAAUCCAGAUGUUUGCUUGGAAAGUGGGCCCUGCCUUGGCCGCUGGUAACACUGUUAUUAUGAAACCGGCUGAACAGACUCCUUUAAGUGCUCUCGUUUUAGCUGAAUUAGCAGCCAAAGCAGGUUUUCCCCCUGGUGUUAUUAAUAUUGUUAAUGGAUUGGGUGCUGUAGCUGGAAAAGCUAUCUCAUCUCAUAUGGAUAUUGACAAGAUUGCCUUCACGGGCUCUACCGUCACUGGACGUACCAUUAUGGAAGCGGCUGCUAAGAGUAAUCUCAAAAAAGUUACUCUUGAGCUUGGAGGUAAAUCACCUGUAGUUGUCUUCGACAAUGCUGAUAUUGAUCAAGCUGUAAACUGGGUCAGUCAAGGUAUUCUUUUCAACCAUGGUCAAGAUUGCUGUGCUGGUUCUCGAUUAUUCGUUCAAGACACUAUUAAAGAUGUAUUCCUUGCAAAACUUAAAACGAAUUUUGAAUCACACGUUAUUGGUGAUCCAUUUGACAUCAAAACUUUCCAAGGACCCCAAGUAUCUAAACAACAACAAGAAAAAAUUCAAUCCUAUAUUAAAUCGGGUAUAGAAGAAGGUGCUACUCUUUUUACUGGUGGGGAACAAAGAUUGGCUCAUUUAUCAGCUCAAUUUAAAAAUGGUUAUUAUGUUUCUCCGACAAUUUUCACAGAUUGUAAACCGGGCAUGAAAAUCGUCGAUGAAGAAAUAUUCGGACCUGUUCUUACUGUUCAAAGUUUUAGUACUGAGGAAGAAGCUGUUGAAAAGGCGAACAAUACAGAAUAUGGUCUUGCCGCUGGUGUAUUCUCUCAAAAUGCUUCCCAAUGCAUGCGCAUGGUACAUGCUCUCCGUGGAGGUACUGUUUGGUGCAAUCAUUAUAUGGCAUUAAGCAAUGCCGUCCCAUUUGGAGGUAUGAAGCAAUCCGGAUUCGGCCGUGAAUUAGGUAUUGAGGGUUUGAAGGAAUACACCCAAACCAAAGCUGUUCACUGGAAUUAUGGCGAAGAAGCUGUCUGGCCAAUUGAUGGAACUACCGUUUAA